AUGUGGUUGGGUAAGCCAAUACAAUGCUGGAUACCGCAGGAGUUCACACGGGGCUGGGAAGAAUACGCGGAGAACUACUGUUGGGUGGCAAACACUUACUUUGCAGCCCUCCAAAAGCGACUUCCCCUGAUCCCGGAUCGCCGUGCCAGCCACCUCGUGUACUACCAGUGGGCUCCGAUCGCCCUCGCCACCCAGGCCCUCCUCUUCUACCUCCCGUGCCUGAUCUGGCGCAUUGGAAUGCGGCACUCCGGCUUCUCCGUCCACCGAGUGCUUCAGCUAGCCGCCGAGUCAAACGAACUGGUGCCAGAAGUUGCACACAAAACCGUUCAUGCAAUGGCCCGAUACAUGGAGGCGUAUAUACAACGCCAGAGAGUCUACAGGAAGAAGCGUUCUGGUGAAAGAAGACGUGGGUCAACUUCCGCUAAGUUCCACCAGUCACCCCAAAUCGAAAUCCAGUUGCCGUCAAACGAGGCUCAAUGGGAGAAGGAUGCCGGCCAGCCCAACCACUCACUCCAAGGUUCCCCACCGGCCUACCAGCCCCCUCCAGCUCCCCCAGCUGGAGCUGCUGAGAUGCCUUCCAUGCACAAUCUCUCAAGUUUUGCAAUUGACAACCAAGGUGAACCUAAGAGGAUCAAAAAGCCUCCAGAAACGCCUUACAUGGAGCACGCAUUCACGGUCGUUGGUUUUGAACAGGUGGCCUCACCGCGAACGAACAGAUCGGAAUCACGACUACUUCCGCGACAAACUGGCCCGCCUGAUCCUCACUGUUCUGCGACGCGUUGA